AUGAAGAAUCUUGUGUUGUUCAAAACUCUUUUGCUUUUCUGUCUCGUUUUCUCGACCCGUAUAGUGUCUAUCUCCUGUCUAAAUUCAGAUGGGUUAGCUCUCCUCUCCCUUCGGAAGAAUUUGGACAAAGUGCCACCGGAAUUAACCUCGACAUGGAAGGCAAACUCACCUGAAGCCACUCCAUGUAAAUGGUUUGGUAUCACCUGUGAUGAUUCCAAGAAGGUUACCUCUCUCAACUUCACCGGCUCAGGGGUUUCAGGGCAGUUGGGUCCUGAGAUUGGGCAACUCACAAGCUUAGAGAUUUUGGAUGUGAGUUCCAACGAUCUCUCGGGGAUCAUACCUUCCAGUCUAGGUAACUGCACCUCACUCGUGUAUAUUGAUGUGUCUGAGAAUAAGUUCUCUGGUAAGAUCCCAGAUACUCUAGGUAGCUUGAAAAGCUUGGCUGAUCUGUAUCUUUACAGCAACUCCCUAACCGGUGAAUUGCCUAAAUCCUUGUUUCAAAUUCCGGCCUUGAAUUAUCUGCAUGUUGAGCAUAACAACCUGACCGGUUCAAUCCCUCAAAAUGUUGGUGAGGCUAAGGAGAUUCUGGAGCUGCGUUUGUUCGACAAUCAGUUCUCCGGUACAAUCCCUGAGUCAAUUGGGAACUGCAGGAAGCUGGAGGUUCUGUAUUUGCACGAGAACAAGUUGGUUGGUUCAUUGCCUGAAAGUCUCAAUCUUCUGGAGAAUCUCACUGACCUGUUUGUUGCUAACAACAGUCUCAGUGGAACAGUUCGGUUUGGUUCAACCAAAUGCAAGAAGCUGGUGACGUUGGACUUCUCAUACAAUCAAUUCGAAGGCGGUGUCCCUCCUGAACUGGGCAAUUGCAGUAGCCUUGACGCCUUGGUCAUUAUAAAAUGCAACUUGUCAGGUACAAUCCCUUCAUCAUUGGGUAUGUUGAAGAAUCUCACGGUUCUCAACCUUUCCGAGAAUCGUCUCUCCGAAAGCAUCCCAGCGGAGAUAGGAGACUGCAGCAGCUUGAGCACGUUGAAGCUCAACGAUAACCAGCUCGGAGGUGAGCUACCAAGCGCAUUAGGUAAGCUACAGAAGCUAGAAAGCCUGGAGCUAUUCGAAAACCGGUUUUCGGGUGAGAUUCCUAUUGAGAUAUGGAAGAUUCAGAGUCUCACUCAGUUGCUAGUUUAUAAAAACAAUCUCACAGGAAACCUCCCUGUGGAAAUAACCAAGCUCAAGAAUCUAAGGAUCGUUACGAUCUUCAACAACAGCUUCAGUGGAGUAAUACCACCUGGUUUAGGUCUGAACAGCAACUUAGAGAUUCUAGACUUCAUCGGUAACAAACUCACAGGAGAGAUACCUCCAAAUCUCUGCCAUGGCAAUAAGCUGACAGUGUUUAACUUAGGAUCAAACCAGCUUCACGGUAACAUACCAGCAUCUGUUGCUCAGUGCAAGUCUCUAAGCAGACUCAUCCUUAGAGACAACAACCUUUCAGGUCCUCUUCCUGUGUUUUCUCAGAACCAAGAUCUCUCGUUUCUCGAUCUGAACAGCAACAACUUCGAAGGACCAAUCCCUAGUGGCCUCGGAAGCUGUAGGAAACUCACGGCCAUCAACCUGUCACGAAACAAGCUCACGGGUGCUAUUCCUCCAGUACUUGGGAAUCUACAGAAGCUUAGAUACUUGAACCUUGGGGUUAACUCGUUAACCGGUUUGGUUCCUCCAAAGUUUAGUAACUGGAAAGAGUUAACCACUUUGAUUCUGUCCGGUAACCGGUUUUCAGGAUUCGUUCCGCCGGACCGCGGCACUUAGAGUAAAAGAAAACAGCAAUAUAUCGGAACUUUACAAUAAAUUUGUAUUGUACAUUCUCCAUAAUGUUUUACUACAAUAUGAAAAUGAAUAAGUACGGCUGUC